AUGUCUGUAAACGAAGUUGAUACUGCUCGACAAAGCCGUACUAAUUGCAAAUCAAAAUUAACAAAAUUUAAUACAUUUCUUGAAAAAUGUUCAAUUGACGAAAACGCGGGUACUGUCGAGGAGAUUAAACUACGUUUACAAAAAAUUGAGGAAGUUUGGAGCGAAUUUGAGAAAGCUCAACUUACACUAGAAAUAUUGGCUCCGGCACCGUCGCGUGAUUUAGAUCGAACAGAGUUUGAAAAUUAUUAUUUUAAAUAUGUGUCGAAAGCUACGAAAAUGAUUAAAGAACGUACUGAUCACGAAACGGUUACGGAGAAUGACGAAUUAACACGACAACGAGUACAAAUUGAUCAAUUGCAAGCGGAAUUGAAUGCGCAACGCGAAGCUGAGUUGACACAUUUAAGAACUUUAGCAUCUUCGCGAUCAAAUAUUAUAGAAAAUGAAAAUUCGCAUAACGGAAUACGAUAUCCGCUACCCAAACUCGACCUUCCUACCUUUUCUGGAGGUUAUGAAGAGUGGCUAGGGUUUAAAGAUUUAUUUCAGGCAAUCAUUCAUAAAGAUAAUAACAUCCCUAAGGUACAAAAGUUUAGAUAUUUAAAGUCUUAUUUAAGGGAAAGCGCGUCGCGAAUAAUUGAAAAUAUCGAAAUUUCUGAGGCUAAUUAUGAAGUAGCGUGGGGGUUACUUGAGGAGAGAUAUAACAAUAAACGAGUAAUCAUACAAAACCAUAUGACGGCUCUCCUUGAGUUAACAAUACCAAACAAAGACUCAGCAUCGGGAUUGAGAAAUUUAUUGGAUACUAUUUUGCGACAUAUUCGCGCUUUGAAAAUGUUAGGUGAGCCAACAGAGAGUUGGGAUACCCCCCUUGUGUGUUUUCUUGUAUUAAAACUUGAUAGAGAAUCCAGGAAAGAGUGGGAACGGUCGGUCAAAGGUAGCGAGAUGCCGAGACUAGAAAAUUUGACUAACUUUCUACGCGAGCGAUGUCAGAUUCUUGAAGCUUUGAAUCCUGAAAACAAUGAUAAUAAAAACAAAAUGACAAGUUCAAUUAAUAAGAAUUCAUUUAUCGAAAAGAAAAAUAAUGGUAAGACGCUUUUAAAUACACAGUCUAGUUUUAAAUGUAUAUUGUGUAAUCAGGAUCAUAUGAUUCAUAAUUGCUCAGAUUUUUUAAAAUUAAAUAUUAGUGACAGGUAUCAAAUAGUAAAAAAGAAAGGUCUUUGUUUUAAUUGUUUGCGUGGAAAUCAUUUAAUUAACGAAUGCAAAUCGAGAAAUUGUAAUCUUUGUCAUAAACGACAUCAUACACUUUUACACACGCAAUCAAAUAUGGGAUCAAAUCAAAAUUCUAAUGUCGAAAUUGUAAAUCAUAAUCAAGGAAAAAGUAUGCAUUUGAGUGAUUCAUCAAAGGUUCUCCUAUCAACCGCUAUAGUAAAUUUAGUAGAUAGUAAAGGUAAUAGAAUAAAUUGUAGAAUUCUAUUAGACAGCGGCUCUCAACCGAAUAUCAUGACAGAUAAAUUUGCGAAAAUUUUGAAUUUAAAAAGACGAAAAUUGCGCUCAGCGAUUGAGGUUUUAAAUAGCAACGAAGUAAAUAGCGGUGAUUGGGUGGAGACAAAAAUGGAGUCGCAAGUCUCAAAUUAUGCAGUUGAUGUAUCCUUCCUUAUUCUUCCUAAUAUAACAGGAGAACUUCCAGCGAAUCCUAUAAAUAAAAAUCAAUUAAAAAUCCCUUCUUAUAUCAAACUUGCUGAUCCUCAAUUUCACCAGCCAGCAACUGUUGACGCUUUAAUAGGAGCAGAACUGUUCUACGAAAUCUUAGGAUAUAAUAAAAUUCCUCUUGCAGUCCCGCAUACUUCUCUAUUAAGUACAAAAGUGGGCUGGAUAGUGAUUGGGAAACUGGGGGAAAUUACCAAAACACAAAAAAUAACAUGUAAUUUAAUAAGAGAUGAUUUAUCGGUUCAGUUGGAGAAGUUUUGGAAAAUCGAAGAAGGAGAACAAAAGAAGUUUUUAAGUUUGGAAGAAAAGUCGUGCGAGGAACAUUUUGUAAACAAUGUAACACGUGACAAUAAAGGUAAAUAUAUAGUGAGACUUCCGUUCAAUGAAAAUAAAAAUAAUUUAGGAAAUUCAUAUGAAAUAGCUCGGAAAAGAUUUUUUAUGCUCGAAAGAAAAUUAUCUAAAGACCCUAAAUUAAAACAAAAAUAUACAAAUUUUAUGGAAGAAUACGAACACUUGAAUCAUAUGAAACAAAUAAUUGCGGAUAAAUCGGAAGGAUAUUAUUUACCACACCAAGCUGUUCUGAAGAUGAUAGAUAAUAUUAGUAAGUUUCGAGUAGUUUUUGACGCAUCAUGUCAGACAGAUACUGGUUUGUCGUUAAACGACACCUUGAUGACAGGACCAACUAUUCAAGAUAACAUAGUAGCACUAAUGUUGAGAUUUCGACAGCAUGUGAUUGCCUUGAGUGGAGAUAUUGAAAAAAUGUAUCGCCAAUUUUUUAUACAUCCCCAAGAUAGAAAAUUCCAGAAAAUUUUGUGGCGAUAUAAUGAGAAUGAACCUAUCAGAACGUACGAACUGAACACCGUGACAUAUGGAACUUCUGCGGCACCAUUUUUGGCAAUUCGUUGUUUGAAAGAAUUGGCAAAUAAUGAAGGUCGUGCAUUUCCAAUCGCUGCCGAAGUAUUAAAGAAUGAUUUUUAUGUGGAUGACUGCCUCACGGGAGCCGACACUGUAAGCGAAGUACAACAAAUAAAAGAAGGACUAAUUGAGUUGACAACAAAAGCAGGACUUCGUAUUUGCAAGUGGAGGUCAAAUCAUCAAGAAAUUGCUCAAAAUUCAGGGGAUUCAGAAGUAUUAACAAAUGAUGUGGAUCAAAGUUCAAAGACACUUGGAGUGAUGUGGAACUCUCAAAAGGAUACAUUGCAUUUUAACGUGCAACCAACGUUGGAUCAAAAACCCACUACAAAACGAAUCAUGCUUUCACAAAUUGGUAAGAUGCUUUAUGAUCCGCUAGGAUUAAUGGCACCAGUCACAGUUGUGGCAAAAAUAAAAAUGCAAGAACUUUGGAAAACUAAUAAUUCAUGGGACGAUCCAAUACCAACUAAAUUAUUAGUGGAAUUUGAGCAAUUUCAAGGUCAACUUGGUGAAUUGAGCAAUUGGGAAAUCGAGAGAGCGGUUAGAAGUCAACCAUCAGACGAGACUCAAAUCCAUGGCUUUGCAGACGCCAGUCAGAAAGCGUAUGGCGCAUGCGUUUACAUCAGGUGUUCGAAUGAGGGAAAACAUCGUACAAUAUUACUAUGUGCGAAAUCAAAGGUUGCACCAUUGAAGACAGUUACAUUGCCAAGAUUGGAACUUUGUGCGGCAGUAUUAUUGUCAAAGUUAAUAAUCACUGUCAAAAAUGCAAUAAAAUUUAAUGUAAAUGCAAUACACCUUUGGUCGGAUUCAACUAUAGUAUUGAAUUGGAUUGCAUCUUCUCCUCAUGAGUUCAGCACAUUCAUAGCCAACCGUAUUGCCGAAAUUCAAACUCUUACAAGACCUGAAUGUUGGAAACACGUCAUCUCACAGGAUAACCCCGCAGAUUUUGUAUCUAGGGGUCAAAUGCCUGCAGAAUUUGUAUCAAACAAGUUAUGGAAAAAUGGUCCAACGUGGUUGGAAUUGUCGGAAGAAAAUUGGCCCAGUCAUCACUUCAUUCAAACGGAAUUGCCUGAAAGAAAAAAAAGCGUGGCGCUAACUAUAAAGAAUGUAAAAACAUCAAUUAAUUUAUGGUCUCGAUUUUCAUCCCUCAGAAAAUUGAUCCAUGUAGUGGCAUAUUGUUUACGAAUAGCAGAAAGAGCACGCGGUAAAACCAAAUUUUCCGAGAUAUUAACACCAGCAGAGAUUCAGUCAGCAUUUAAUCGAAUUGUUUCACUGGUCCAGAUGGAAGAGUUCUACAAUGAAAUUAAUCAACUGUCAAAGAAUGAAUGUCUAUCAAGCCGGUCAAAAAUACUUCGACUUAAUCCUGUAAUGCACGAAAAAAUUUUAAGAGUGGGGGGAAGAAUAAAGAGAGCAGAAUUGCCCUAUGAUCAACGACACCCUAUGUUGCUGCCAAAAAAUCAUCCUGUUACAGAAUUAAUCAUCCGCGAUAUUCAUGAGCAAAAUAUGCAUGCUGGCAAUAAUGCAACACUGUAUGCAUUGAGAAUGAAAUUUUGGCCAAUCGAUGGUAGGUUGGCAGUGCGCAAGGUCAUAAAUAAAUGCGUAAAAUGUUUUCGAGCUCAGCCUAAAGAAGUAUCUUAUCAAAUGGGAAAUUUGCCUGCAGUGCGCGUGACUGCCACUCGCGUUUUCGAAAAUACAGGCGCUAGAAAUGAGUUGAGUGAUCUUUACCGUCUCCUCAACACAGAUGAACAUAAUAAAAUUAUAUCUCGAAAAUUGGCAGAUCAGAAUAUUGAAUGGUAUUUUUCGCCCCCGCGAACUCCGCAUUUUGGCGGUAUCUGGGAGGCGGCGGUGAAGUCGCUCAAACAUCAUUUACGGCGAACAAUUGGCGAAACAUUGUUGACAUUCGAAGAGCUUGGAACAUAUAUGUGUGAAAUCGAAGCAAUUGUAAAUUCACGACCUCUUACUCCGAUGACUAUGGACCCUAAUGAUGUAAGCGUAUUAACUCCAGGUCAUUUUUUAAUAGGAGAGCCUUUGACAACGAUUCCUGCUUGGGACUAUACUCAAACUCCUGUAAAUCGAUUAUCACGAUGGGAAUGUUUACAAAAAAUGAAACGCGAUUUAUGGAAACGUUGGUCGCGCGAAUAUUUAAAUGAGCUUAAUGUUCGCUCAAAAUGGCAUUCGGGAUCACCAAAAGUGAUAAAAGAGGGAACUUUGGUUAUUUUAAGGGAUGACAAUUUGCCGCCGUUAAGAUGGAGUUUGGGUAGAGUAUCUCAAAUAUAUCCAGGAGAUGAUGGUGUGAUACGUGUGGUAAAGGUAAAGACCCAAAAUGGUGAAUUAGAUAGAGGCGUAAAAAAAAUAUCACCGCUUCCUAUAGAGAGAUAA